AUGUUGCAGCUUUUGGGGUCUCUCCUCAUACUUCUCACCACAGUGAUCUACCGUCUAUGGAUUCACGAUCUUCGGAGAUUUCCUGGUCCCAAGCUUGCGGCUGUGAGCCGCAUCCCCUAUCUCUGGCAGGGAUAUAACGGCAACCUGGUCGCCUGGGUCAGUCAACAGCACGAGCGAUACGGAGAGAUAGUUCGGAUUGCACCGUACGAAUUGAGCUUCACCAAGCCAGAAGGCUGGGACGAGAUCUACGGGCAUGCGACCCGUGGCCGAAAGCAAACGCAAAAGGAUUUGCGGUUUCAUAAUGACAAAACCAUGGGCGUAGUCCGCGACAUCGUCCGAGCAAACGACGUGGAUCACGCCCGCUACCGGCGAAACUUCUCCCACGCCUUUUCAGAGCGAGCCCUGAACGCGCAGAAUCCUUUGAUAAUGAAGUAUGUGGACUUGCUCAUCUUCAAGCUGAAGAAAAUCGCGUUGAGUCCAGAUCCAAGGGUUGAUAUCGUACGAUGGUACAACUUUACUUCCUUCGACAUCAUGAGCGACCUAACCUUUGGUGAUCCAUUGGGCCUGCUCGAGAGCGAGGAGUAUGACGAGUUUGUCGUGCUGAUGUUUGCUUCGGUAAAGGCUGAGAUGAUGCAAAUGGUCUCUCGAUAUCUGAAAUGGCUGAAGCCAAUCGCCAAGAUGCUGAUCACUCAGGAGGCUAUUGAGAAGCGAAAAAACCACUACGACUUUUUAAGAAGAUCCGUCGAUAAGAGACUAGCCCGACAUAAUCCCCGGCCAGAUAUUUGGGGCUUGGUAAUCGAAGCAACCGGGGAAAAGAAAAUGAACCUUGAAGAGAUGUAUGCCAACUCAAAAUCCAUCAUGCUCGGAGGCACGGAAACCAGUGCAACGUCUCUCAGUGGGAUAACUUAUCUCUUGCUCACCAAUCCCGUGGCGUACAAGACUUUGGUCGAGGAAGUCCGAAGUACUUUUCCAAGCGAACAGGACAUAACCUCGACCAAGCUGCAGCAAAUGCCCUACUUAAAUGCAUGCGUUGAGGAAGCCCUAAGGAUGUACCCACCUGUUCCUGGUGGACUCCCUCGCAUCGUGCCGCCCGAAGGUAGAGCGGUCUGUGGAGAGUGGAUACCUGGAGAUGUCGUCGUGUCUGUACACCAGUACUCCACAUACCGAAACCCAAAAAACUUCAAAGAUCCCAAUUCAUUUCGGCCUGAGCGUUGGCUUAAGGAUCCGGACUUUGCAGCGGACAGGAGAGACGCCUUGCAGCCCUUCUCGACGGGACCCCGAAAUUGUGUUGGCAUGAAUCUUGCGUACCACGAAAUAAGGUUGAUAUUGGCCCGUGUAAUGUGGAAUUUUGACAUGACCCUGUGCCCUGGGUCAGAGAAUUUCCUUGACCAGAAAGUGUAUCUCCUAUGGGAUAAGGGCCCCUUGGUGGUUGAGCUGAAACAGAGAAAGACCUGAAAGAAGUUCUGUUCAUUCUCAAGCAGGUAAAUCUCGGCGCUGGUCGCCUUGCAUUGAACCUAUUCGAAAGGCGACAGGGAGGUGUGUCUUCCCCUGAUCAGAAAGGCGAGGCUUCCAGAAAGUUUGGAUGGGUAGAUUUGCGCCGACUUGAGAACGAUUCAAUGCAGCUGCCUUUGCACUCUACAGGUUCUUUGCGUAUUGACAGC